GACAAGUACGAGAAGCUCAUCGGAUGGCAUCACUUUUCAAUUUGUUUUUUUGUUUGAUUUUCUUCUCUUUCUCUGAAAUAACCAUGAGCCAUGGCAAAAGAAGUUGCUCAUCAUCUUGCGGAAGCCUCCAAAACAUCAAGUAUCCUUUCCACCUGAGAGGUGAUCCAACUGAAUGUGGCGGUUCUGAUUUUGAACUCAAUUGCGAAGGCAACAAUACAAUAUUGGAGAUCCACCAAAGCAAGUAUUAUGUCAAAGAUAUAUCAUAUCAUGAUUCUACAAUUACACUUGUUGAUGUUAAUUUGGAACAUGGCAACUGCAAUCUUCCAAAUGGAUCAAUAUAUCCGGAUGAUUAUAACGAAACAUUCUGGUUUGAUCAGGUGGAUUUUGGUUUACAAGGUCAAGCCACAUUUAUUAACUGCUCAGUAAAGAUCAACAAUCCAAAUUAUGAAAUUGUGCCUUGUCUCAGCAAUAACAACUCAACCAUCUAUGUGCUAUUUAAUGCUUUUUAUGUUGGGUUAGUCGAAGUAAAUUGCCAAUUUCUAUUCACAGUUCCUAUGAUCCAAAACACAGUUCCUAUGAUCCAAAACGUUGAUCAACUUAGUAUGUUUGAUCAACUAAAAAAAGGUUUUAGGCUGAAUUGGCGUCCUUUUAUUAAUUCAACGACAGAUGCAAUUCACAUUUGUGCUAAAACUGCGGGACAUAUCGAUUUUAUUCAAAGGGAAUCAACAAAUGUUCUUAAUGGAGAAAAAGUCAUGUCCAUAUAUGAUGUGAUAAGUCCUUUCCGAUUUGAAAUUGAUUUCUUGGCAUGUCUCCAUGAAAAACAGUACCACCAUUCAAUAUUAACUUUCUAUGCAGCAUCAGUAAUUAUUAUAGUAAUGGACAUAACACUCCCAAUAUUAGUUUUGUUAAUGAUUGGAAGGUUUCUAUUUUCACCGUUAUGUGUUCUUUCAUUCCUUGCAUACAACUUAUUCAAGCUUAUCAAGCCUGUUGAUAACAUUGAGAGGUUUUUGCAAAAUCAAAACGCCCUCUCACCAUCAAGAUAUUCAUACAAUGAUAUUAUCACAGUUACAAGCAACUUCAAAGAGAAGUUAGGACAAGGAGGAUUUGGGUCCGUCUAUAAAGGAAGGCUCCCUGGUGGUUAUUUGGUUGCUGUGAAGAUGUUGCAAAAAUCCAUGGGUGAUGGAGAGGAUUUUAUUAAUGAAGUAUCUACUAUAGGUAGGAUUCAUCAUGUAAAUGUAGUGCAACUUGUUGGAUUUUGUGCAGAAGGAUCUUAUAGAGCUCUGGUUUAUGAGUACAUGGCUAAUGGGUCUCUUGAUAAAUAUAUUUUUUCUUCAAACAAGGAAAAUAGAAUCCUUAACAUGGACAAGCUUCUUGAGAUUGCCCUGUCUGUGGCCAAGGGGCUUCAUUACUUACACCAGGGGUGUAAUAUGGGGAUUCUUCAUUUUGACAUCAAGCCUCAUAAUAUCCUUCUUGAUCAUAAACUCACACCAAAGAUCUCUGAUUUUGGCUUAGCAAAGUUGCACCCUAAGGACCAUAGUCUUGUCUUCAUGAGUGCUGCUAGAGGAACAAUUGGAUAUAUUGCACCAGAAUUAAUAUCGAGAAGUUUUGGGACUAUUUCUCAUAAAUCAGAUGUAUAUAGCUUUGGCAUGCUUCUAAUGGACAUGGCUGGUGGGCGUAGGCAUAAUGACUUGAAAGCAGAAAAUUCUAGUCAAGUUUACUAUCCUUCAUGGAUUUAUGAUAAGCUAAACAAGAUGGAAAUGUCUAAAAACUUUGGCAUUUUUGAGAUUGAUGAUUUCGAGAGGAAGCUAUGUAAGGUGGGGUUGAGUUGCAUUCAGACACGACCUGUGGAUCGUCCUUCCAUGAUUAAUGUUGUGGAGAUGCUACAAGCUGAUGUCGAUUCCUUACAAUUGCCGCCAAAGCCUUUCUUCUCUUCUUCAGAUCCGGUGCCUUCUAUAAACAUUUCUAUGAAUUACUCUAAAUCUGAACUAUCAAUUAUUUUAGAGAAUAUGUAAUUCAUGUGAAAGGUGUAUCACUUUUGAGUAUGUAGCACAAAAUUUCAUAAUGGGUUAUUUUGUUAUAAUAUUUUUUUAUAUUCUAUUAAACCGUGUGUUAUAUCAAAAUGUGAUGAGGAG